AUGCGACUAAUAUCGCUUCUGACAUGCCUCGUCGCCUUCGUGGCGCCGUUGGCUUCCGCUGUCAAGCUCCUUGAAUCUAAUGCUCUGAACGUGUGCAUGGAGUCUAGUAACUUCACGGCAACAUACCUGAACGUUGUAUUCUACCCGGGUAACAACUCUCUAACAAUCGGAUUUGAUGGUGUUUCAUACAUCACCGGCAAAGUGACUGCAGAUCUGAUUAUUACCGCCUAUGGUUACGAGAUCAUGACCAAGACUCUUGAUCCUUGUUCCAUUUCGGGCAUGGGAAUGUGUCCUAUGGCUGCUGGGCCGAUGGACUUGGGUCCCCUGUCUCUUGAUCUACCCUCGGACACUGCCGCGAACAUUCCAGGUAUCGCCUACACCGUUCCAGAUCUUGACGCCACAGUCCGCAUUGUUAUUAAGACAAAGGAAACGAAGGAAAAGAUUGCUUGUGUCGAAGCCUCACUUUCAAACGGUAAAACAGUGGACCAAGUCGGAGUCGCUUGGACAACUGCUGUGAUAUCCGGUCUAGGUCUUGCCGCAUCAGCUAUUACUUCGGGUCUUGGUCAUUCGAAUACUGCGGCGCACGUUGCAGCAAAUGCGCUCUCUCUCUUCGGAUUUAUGCAAUCGCAAGCGAUGAUUGGUAUGACCUCUGUCCAUAUGCCCCCUAUUGUGGAGGCAUGGACUCAGAACUUCCAAUGGAGUAUGGGCAUUAUCCGCGUAGGAUUCAUCCAGACCAUUGCGACCUGGUAUCAGCGAGCAACCGGUGGAACCCCCUCGACCCUCCUGUCCCAGCUUGGUGAUACUUCCGUUGAAGUCCUCAAGCGUCGCAAGCGUGACCUUCCCGACUCCGCAAUCAAUUUGCUGAAGAGAGCCUCCAACUCGACAAUUAUGAAGCGCGCAGCUAGUCUGCUCAAGCGAGACAGCUCAAGCCAAAAGCUUGUUGUUGUGCGCGGUAUUGAACGUGUCGGCUUCCGUUCCAGCAUUGAAGAAACCAACAUCUUCCUCACUGGUUUGAUUUUCUUCGCGGUAUUCGUUGUUUUCGUCGUCAUCAUUGUCGCAACAUUCAAGGGUAUUACCGAGUUGCUCGUCAAGAACGGCAAAAUGAAGAGUGACCGUUUCCAGGACUUCCGCAACGGAUGGAAGGUUGUUCUUCGUGGAAUCCUCUUCCGUCUCAUUUUGAUUGGUUUCCCUCAGAUGUGUGUUCUGUGUCUUUGGGAAUUUACUCAGCGCGACUCCGCGGCUGAAGUGGUUCUGGCUGUAGUUAUGAUUCUCUCCAUGCUCGUCUCUCUUGGAUGGGCCGCGCAGAAGGUUAUUCGUCUGGCAAAGCGCUCAGUCACUAUGCACAAGAACCCCGCUUACAUCCUUUACUCCGAUCCCUCAUGUCUAAACAAGUGGGGUUUCCUAUACGUGCAGUACCGCGCCACCGCAUACUACUUCGUUGUUCCUGUCCUGAUUUACACACUGAUCAAGAGUAUGUUCAUUGGUCUGAGCCAACCUGCACCAGUCGUGCAGACCGUGGCUCUUGUGGUCCUUGAACUCGCUAUGCUGAUCGCUGUUUGCGUCCUUCGUCCCUGGAUGGACAAGAAGACCAACAUCUACAACAUCUCCAUUGCGGUCAUCAACUUCCUCAACUCAAUCUUCCUGCUGGUCUUCUCCGAUGUGUUCAACCCUCCUGGUCUGAUGAUUGGUGUCAUGGGUGUCAUCUUCUUCGUUUACAACGCCGUCUUCGCCUUGGUUCUUCUGAUCCUCGUACUGAUUGCCUCAGUGUACGCCAUCGUGUCAAAGAACCCCGAUACCCGCUACCAGCCCAUGCGUGACGACCGUGGCUCCUUCAUCAAGUCUCAGACCCAGCUGACCACCGAGCUGGACGCUCUCGGUGCCACCGCCCGCGGUGAUGUCAAGUCUGGACAGUACCACAACAACCCCUUCGACGACGAUGCUAUCUCCAUCUCAAGCGGAAAUGGCGCCAGUAUCGGACACCACCAACAGAUGGAAUCCACCAACCAGCACCACCCCAGUGUCCGCCAGGCUCCCGCCUCACCAGUCGACCCCUCAGUGCCACUAUUCCCUACCAACACAGGACACAGCGGUCCACCACCCGGAUACGACCAAUUCGGUCGGUCUCCCUCGCCCGCCGCCCGGGGCUAUGACAACGCCCCAAUUGGCCAAUCUGCUUUGUCGACCACCUACCGAGCCCAAAAUAACGCCAGUCCAUGGCAAAGAGGAGCUGGUUACGAUCAUUAA